AAAACCCGUUCUUGCAGACCAGACACAACUUUAGCGUGGCCCUGAUCCCGCGUGUGUUUCCCAAGGAAAGAGGACAGAUCGGAUUUACAGUACCAACUAGAAAGUCCAGUUCGACCGACAGACAUGUCACAGGAGCAUGACAAUAAGAGGGCGGUGCUCGUGCUGCAGAAUGACCCCGCCUACAGCCAGCGCCGCUCCUUCACCACGGAGGACGAGGCGUGGAAGUCGUUCCUGGAGAACCCGCUGACCGCCGCCACCAAGGCCAUGAUGAGCAUCAACGGUGACGAGGACAGUGCCGCCGCCCUGGGCCUCCUCUAUGACUACUACAAGGUACCUGGAGAUGCCAGGUCACAAACCAACUCAUGGGUGCCCCGGGAAAAGAGAACAAUACCCCAGCAAAAGACAGACGUCCUGGGCUCUGAUGUGGAUCCCAACAAAAGGAACCAUACGGGUCCACAUCCAGAGACAUCCAUGGCAGCCGCAGAGGGCAAGAUCCAGGUCCUGAAGGGCGUUCCCUUCAACAUCGUCCUGCCGGGGAACCAACUGACCCAGGACAAGCGGGGCCUCUUCCCCUCCCCGGAGGCCACGGUCACCGUUUCCAUAGCGACGGUGCCCACCUACCCAAUCAAGACGGAGGGGCCCACGAGUGGUUUCUCGGUGACGAUUCCCGGAGCCCAGUGCUCGGAGUCAGACAGCCACGCCGCCGUGUAUGAGAGACAGCUGGCCCACAGCCAGUUUAGCCCCAGCGGCCAGCCACGCACCCCCGACUCCACGUUCCCGGAGACCUUCAAGGACGGAGCCCAAGAGGUGUUCACGUUCCCAGGGGAGCUCCAGUUACGCAUGGCCUCCAUCGGCCAGGACGAGUACUCCACUUUUGACGCCGUGUCCGGCAACAACUUUGAAUACACGCUUGAGGCUUCCAAGUCUCUGCGUCAGAAGUCAGGCGACGGCACGAUGACCUACCUCAACAAGGGCCAGUUCUAUCCCAUCAGCCUCAGGGAGAUCGACAACGGGAAAAUGCUCCAGCACCCCAUCAGCAAAGUGCGAAGUGUGGUGAUGGUGGUCUUUGGGGAGGACAAGUGCAGAGACGACCAGCUGAAACACUGGAAGUACUGGCACUCCAGACAGCACACGGCCAAGCAAAGAUGCAUUGACAUCGCUGACUACAAGGAGAGUUUCAACACCAUCAGCAACAUCGAGGAGAUCUCCUACAACGCCAUUUCCUUCACCUGGGACAUUAACGAGGAGGCAAAGAUCUUCAUCUCGGUGAACUGCCUGAGCACAGACUUCUCCUCUCAGAAGGGUGUGAAGGGUCUGCCUCUCAACCUGCAGAUCGACACCUACAGCUACAACAACCGCAGCAACAAGCCCAUCCACCGUGCCUACUGCCAGAUCAAGGUGUUCUGCGACAAGGGAGCAGAGAGGAAGAUCCGUGACGAGGAACGUAAGCAGUCGCGUCGGAAGGGCAAGACCACAGAUGUCAACACCAACCUGGGCAACUAUCACUCAGUGGAUGUGAAGGUGCCACUGCUACACAAGCGGAGUGACAUCACCAUCUUCAAGGUGAUGGUUGACCUGGAGACGCAGCCUGUCCUCUUCAUCCCCGACAUCCACUUCUCCAACUUCCAGCGCCAUCCCUUCUCAUCUGAAGAUGCAGAAGAUAGCGCGGGGAUGAAAAGGUUAGCCUAUGGCAACGAGGACGAGUACGCAACGCCGGCCCAUAAGAUGCCCAGGAUGGACGAACCUAAGAAAGUGCUUCUGUACGUGCGCAAGGAGACGGAGGAGGUGUUUGACGCCCUCAUGCUGAAAACUCCCACACUCAACGGCCUGGUGGAGGCCAUAUCAGAAAAAUAUGAAGUUCCCUUUGAGAAGAUAGGGAAAGUGUACAAGAAAUGCAAAAAGGGGAUCCUGGUGAACAUGGACGACAACAUCAUCAAACACUACUCGAAUGAGGACACCUUCCAGAUCGAGAUGGAGGAGAUCGGAGGGGUGUUCAAGCUCACGCUGACAGAAAUCUAACGGCCGAACGCCUUCAUGCGCUUCCUUCAGUAUGGAGGCUGCUGGUUUACACAUAGCGGGCCCCUCAGUGUGUCUGAUGUAUGAUUCUGCACUGUCCUCUGCUGCCUGAGGAACUACAUGGCUCUCAGGAUUCCUUAUUGAUUCCCUUGUUUCUGGAGGGACCUAAGUCUUGUUUGAGCCUUUCUGAGGUGCGCUAAUGCAAGUGGUCUCAAAGCUUUAACAAGGGCUACCACUGAGGCAAAGAAAUAGGAAACCGGAACUUUAUGCUAGGGGUGGGGGGAGGGGUGUUGGGAGGCAAUAU